CGGCUAACAACGCCCAAUUGGCAGCGGAAAGGAAAGCGGAAACCGGAAGCCAGAAGCAAGAAGAAGACCGCGCUGGGUGGGGUAGAGUCAAAAUGCCUGCUUGUAUACAACUCAGUCAGGAUGUUCUUGCACCAUCGCCUUCAUGGUCCCAUGUUCGCUAGGAUCCUCUUGCUGCGCCGCAGCCUCAUGAACCAGUCCCUCGAAAGGAUUGUCUGGAGGCCGCCUGUCCAGACUUUCGGAACAUGCCGCAAAUCCAGCCUUUUGAAACAGGAGCAGGAUCAGCAGCCGAAUUGUUUUGGAGAGGAUUACCGCAUCUACCAGCAGAACGUCGACUUGGAUGCCUUCUUCGGCGAGGAGCCGAAGUACGAGAAGGUGUCGGAUGUCUGUCUGCUGAAUGACCACUUCAUCCUGGUUAAAAUGCCGCCACCAGAUCCUUCUCCGCCUCCUUCAAGGUCCAAGAUUCCACGUUGCUUCAAAUGUAACCGUGGCAGUCGCGUAUCUCCCAUUCCGGAGGAAUCGGAUGAGAAGUCUUCUCCGCCACAAUCCAGCUGCCUGCAGCCCUGGUCGACACGAAAUCAGGACAAGAUGGAGGUCUUUGAUUCCAGUACCGGAUUAACUACUAUUAAUACGCCAAGCCGGAGUUCUCAGGCAGCUUCCGUGAUAGUGGAGCAACCGCAUCCCACGCUGCAGCUGGAGACGAUCCAAUCAUUGGCUUCCUGCGGACAGCUGCAGGUGCCUUCCGCCAGUCGAGGACCACUCCACUGGUUCCUCUGGCCCUUCCGCCGGCGCUUGGACACCAGGAGCAAGUCCAAGUCCCAGCCGGUCGCCGUUCAUAAAACCUACUUCGUACGAUGGAGCAAACCGCCGGAUACAUUGUGGCAUGGAUUCGGCGUGGACACGCUGGAGGAGAAGAAGCCAGAACUUCGUCGUUGCCGGUCGGCGGUUUUCUGA